AUGCCACCACAUGUACCGCGCAAGCGCUUGCGCAGUUUGUCGCCUGAUGCCAGACUGCCAAGCAAGCGAAAACCUACUCUCUAUGACGAUCUUGAUGCAUCGACUGCAUCCAAUUCGGCACAGGCGGCUUCUGUAUUCUUAAACAAUGACAUAGACAGUGAUAGCAGCUCUCUUUCUUCUCUUUCAGAUGACGACUUUGAAGACGUGCCUGCCGCGAAACGCGCACCUCUCGAGGACGAGGGUGACGAUGAAGAGGAGGAUGACGACGCCGAAUUUGAGGAUGUUGUGGCACCCGAAAAGCCUACGGAUGACGUGCCACAUGUCACAGGGGAUCUUGAAUUGACCCUUGUUCGAGAUGAUAGAGUUUCACUGACGAAUCCCUUUGGCGACAAAAGAGGACCGUCAAAAAGAGAGAGAUUGGUUCGCAACGCAACCCAUCGCCUGCAUGUUUUAUGUCUCCUUUGGCACAAUGCUGUCCGGAACUCCUGGCUUUGUGAUCCAGAGCUACAAGGCAUCAUGCUCUCGCAUCUCCCCUCGAGAAUGUGGGACGAAGUCGACAGAUGGAAGGAGAAAAGCGGACUUGUGCAACACAAGGCCGUUAAGCCCAAGGAGAAACGCAGAGGUCGCAGUGGUACAAAGGCAAGAGAUUGGGAAGAUAACGCCAAAAAGCUCGAAGAAGGAGUACCUGACAUGAGCAAUGGAGAUCCUCUAUUCAGGCUCGGUCAGGUUCUAGUGGCUUGGUGGAAGCAACGGUUUCGCAUCACCACGCCGGGUUUGCGAAAAUGGGGCUACAUGGCCUUGGAGCGUCUUGAUAGGUUGACAAAGGCAUAUGCAAGCGAAGAUAAAAAUGCCUGGAAAUUCGGCGAACGCCUGGAAAGUAUUGACGAUCUUCGGCAAUGUGCAUCUCGCUGCGAAGGAAGCCGCGACGUUGGCGCAUAUCUCUUCACGGCGCUUCUCAGAGGCCUUGGUUUGGAAAGCCGCUUAGUUGCAAACUUGCAAUGUCUUGGCUACUCAUGGACCAAAUUGGAAGAUGCAGAAGCCGAGCAGGCGCAUGGCGAUCUGCCGACGCGCGCAGCAGACAAUACGCCAAAGAAACACCCCAAAACGAAACGGCGCCACAAGGAGACUCCGGAGACUAAGAGGCCAGAAAGGUCCGCGAGGAAACAGUCAACAAAGGACGCGGAGCUGGAACGCGAGUAUCUGGACUCCGAUGACGAGUCUGUGGUUGAAGUGCAGGUGACGCCUAGCAAAUCCAAGAAACCGGUACAACCUAAAGUUGACGCAGAGCUUUUAUAUCCAAAUUAUUGGACGGAGGUUCUAUCCCCAGUAACAGGCAAUUUUCUGCCCAUCGAACCAGUGGUAAAAGGGAUAGUCGCUACUAAUCGCGACCUCGUCGAGAGUCUGGAGCCUCGCGGCGCAAAGGCUGACAACGCGCGCCAGACCAUAGCAUAUGUGGUAGCUUAUUCUCCUGAUGGUACAGCCAAGGAUGUAACCAUUAGGUAUUUGAAGCGAAGAAUCUUUCCUGGACGCACAAAGGGCACGCGAUAUCCAGUUGAGAAAGUGCCCAUCUACAACAAACAUGGAAAAGUUCAUAAAUACGAGCAGUACGACUGGUUCAAGUCGGCCAUAUCAGGAUACAGACGCGGUGACAAGAAGCGACCUAUGACUGAGAUUGACGAAGUGGAAGAGAGCACGGAUCUGAAGCCGGACAAACCCGAGAUAAAACCUGUACUAGAAGGGGAAGAGACGUUACAAUACUACAAGCAGUCCAAAGAGUUUGUGCUUGGGAGAUAUCUCAAGCGCGAAGAGGCUCUGCGGGCAGGUGCUAAAGCAGUCAAGAAGUUCCAAAACAAGGGCAAAGGCAAGACUGAGGAAGAGGAUGUGUAUUUGAGAUCGGAUGUCUUGAACGUCAAGAGCGCAGAGACCUGGCACAAACAGGGAAGAGCUCCUCUGGAUGGAGAGGAACCAUUGAAGCGAGUGCCAUAUCGUGCUGCAACCACAAAUCGCAGACGUGAGCUGCUAGAGGCAGAAGCAGCAACUGGACAGAAAGUUCUACAGGGUCUGUACAGCUAUGACCAAACAGAUUGGAUCAUACCAGAGCCCAUCAAAGACGGCAUCAUUCCUAAAAAUGAAUACGGGAAUAUCGAUCUAUUUGCCGAACACAUGUGCCCACAAGGUGCUGUCCACGUGCCCUUCAAAGGCACUGUCCGAGUUUGCAAGAAACUAGGAAUCAAUUAUGCCGAAGCUGUAGUGGGCUUCGAGUUUGGGCAUCGCAUGGCCGUGCCAGUGAUCCAAGGUGUCGUAGUUGCCGAAGAGAACCAUGAGAUGGUAAUGGAGCAACUUCAGCAAGACGAGGCCGAGCGACUGCGAAAGGAAGACGAGAAGCGCCGGAAGGCAGCUUUGGCGCAGUGGCGAAAAUUUCUCAUGGGCAUGCGCAUCGUACAGAGGAUUCGCCAGGAAUAUGGUGAGAUUGACGACAAAACCUCCGUGUUUGGUCACAGCAGCAAGACGGGUCUCGCUGGCGCACCAGACCCAGCUGUAAGGGAACAUGAUGAGGCUGAGAACGAGGACAUGGCAGGAGGAUUUUUACCAGAGGGCUACGAAGAAGAAGAGGUUGACGGAAUGGGUCGAGGCGAGCAGACUACAUCGCACUUUUUUCCUGUGGUUGACGAAAAUGAAGCAGAUGAUGAUGAUGAUGGGUUGGUCUUGGAGGAUGAGACAUAG